UCUCAAUUUCCCGCGCACCGCUCCGUUUUUCUCGUCAACCUCAAGUUCCUCACCACCCACCCAACUCGCCAAAAUGGAGAACGACAAGGGAGAGAUCGUCGAUCUCUACGUGCCCCGCAAGUGCAGCGCCACCAACCGCAUCAUCAAGGCCAACGACCACGCCUCCGUGCAGAUCUCCAUCGCCCAGGUUGACGAGAACGGCCGCUACACCGGCGAGAACCAGACCUACGCUCUGUGCGGUUUCAUCCGUGCCCGUGGUGAGAGCGAUGACUCCCUGAACCGCCUCACCCAGCGUGACGGCUACCUCAAGAACGUCUGGGCCGCCAGCCGUCAGCGCUAA